UUUACAGAAAAUGUCUGCAUUAAGUGUCCUGUUGGAUGGAAUCUGAUUAAGGAGCAUUGCUACUAUGUAUCUAAAGAAACAAUGAACUGGGAUAAUGCUAAUGAACACUGUAAGAAAGAAGGAGCUCUUCUAGUGGUGAUCAAUUCUAAGGAUGAACAGGAUGAGCUGGCAAAACUAAUAUCAAUAAAUUAUUGGAUUGGAUUUACUGAUAAGGAGACAGAAGGACAAUGGAAAUGGGUUGACGGCUCCAGCAGCAGCUACACAAACUGGCAUGACGGUGAGCCUAAUGAUCUAAGCAACGAAGACUGUGGAGUGAUGAUGACCUCACGCAUGUGGAAUGAUCUUUCUUGCCAAACAGUAAAACACUUCGUCUGUGAAAAAGAUAUUGACGAGUGCAAAGAGAAUAAGGGGAUUUGUGGUAACUACUCUAUCUGCACCAAUACCCAUGGAAGUUACUACUGUACGUGUCAACCAGGGUUCAGGUCUAUGUCUGGGAAACAGGACUUCACAGAUACAAAAUCUGCUUUUUGCAGUGAUAUAGAUGAGUGCCAGCAGAAUAAAGAAAUCUGUGGCAACCACUCUGUCUGCACUAAUACUGAUGGAAGUUACUACUGUGAGUGUCAACCAGGGUUCAGAUCUAAGUCUGGGAAAUAUAACUACACAGAUGUAAAGUCUUCUGGUUGCAGAGAUAUAGAUGAGUGCCAGCAGAAUAAAGAAAUCUGUGGCAACCACUCUGUCUGCACUAAUACUGAUGGAAGUUACUACUGUGAGUGUCAACCAGGGUUCAGGUCUAAGUCUGGGAAAUAUAACUUCACAGAUGUAAGGUCUUCUGGUUGCAGAGAUAUAGAUGAGUGCCAGCAGAAUAAAGAAAUCUGUGGCAACUACUCUGACUGCACUAAUAAUGAUGGAAGUUACUAUUGUGAGUGUCAACCAAGGUUCAGGUCUAAGUCUGGGAAACCUAGCUUCACAGAUGUAAGAUCUUCUGGUUGCAGAGAUACAGAUGAAUGCCAUGAGAGCAAUGAAAUUUGUGGGAAUCACUCUGUCUGCAGCAAUACCAAUGGGAGUUACUAUUGUACAUGUCAACCAGGAUUCAGGUCUAAUUCUGGGAAAGAUAGCUUCACAGAUGCAAGUUCUUCUGGUUGUAUUGAUAUAGAUGAGUGCCAGGAGAAGAAGGAAGUUUGUGGUAACCACACUACCUGCACCAAUACCCAUGGAAGUUACUACUGUACGUGUCAAACAGGGUUCAGGUCCAACUUUGGGAAACAUAACUUCACAGAUUCAAAUUCAUCUGUUUGCAGUGAUAUAGAUGAGUGCCAGGAGAGGAGGGAAGUUUGUGGUAACCACACUACCUGCACCAAUACCCAUGGAAGUUACUACUGUACGUGUCAAACAGGGUUCAGGUCCAACUUUGGGAAACAUAACUUCACAGAUUCAAAUUCAUCUGUUUGCAGUGAUAUAGAUGAGUGCCAGGAGAAGAGGGAAAUCUGUGGUAACCACACUACCUGCACCAAUACCCAUGGAAGUUACUACUGUACAUGCCAAACAGGGUUCAGGUCCAACUUUGGGAAACAUAACUUCACAGAUUCAAAUUCAUCUGUUUGCAGUGAUAUAGAUGAGUGCAAUGAAGAUAAAGCAAUCUGUGGUAACUACUCGGUCUGCAGCAAUACAAUUGGAAGUUACUACUGUACUUGUAUCUCAGGAUACAGGUCUCGGUCGGCAGUACAGAACUUCACAGAUGUUACCUCUUCUGGUUGCAUUGAUAUAGAUGAGUGCAAUGAAGAUAAAGCAAUCUGUGGUAACUACUCGGUCUGCAGCAAUACAAUUGGAAGUUACUACUGUACUUGUAUCUCAGGAUACAGGUCUCGGUCGGCAGUACAGAACUUCACAGAUGUUACCUCUUCUGGUUGCAUUGAUAUAAAUGAGUGCUUAGAAGAUAACACUAUCUGCGGUAAUCACUCCGACUGUAACAAUACAAUUGGAAGCUACAACUGUACGUGCCAUAAAGGAUAUAGGCCGCUGUUGACAGCAGAUGACUUCUCUGAUACGAGUUCCUUGGUUUGCAGUGGUGUGUCCUGCCAAUGCUGCCUUGAAUCUCAGGAUCCAGGUAAUCGACAGUGUUCCUAUGGAAACCUUCAAUUAAGCAAUGAAACCCAGAGCCUGAUUAAUAACAUCACAGCUCUGAAAUUUAAUGAUACACAUACCAAGGAGAAGAAAGCUGAGGCCGUAACAAAGAUAACCAUAUUGCUGAAGAAAGCAGAAGAAACAGUAUUAGAGACUGUGAUGUCAUCACUGGGCUCAGAUAAAACAAAAGAAAAAAAACUAAGCAUUUACACAAAGGAAACUGAUAUCGUUGCUCAGUCAUUACCAUUGAACAGUACCGAGACUGGAGACAUUCUGAAACUAAUCACGGAAACUGUCACAAUGUCUAUUAACAGUACAGUAGUAAUUACAGGGACGGAACCAGGCAAAACCCCAGCAGCUAUGUUGAUGGUAUUCCAUUUGUCUUACAUUGAAUCCAUGCUUUCUGGUGGUAAUGAGGCUGACAAUGGCUCACCAGAUAAAUAUAUGGUGAAUUCAAAAAUAGUCACUGCAGCAACUUCAAGCAAGUGGAAGAAUAACCUUACAUAUCCGGUCGGUUUCACAUUUCAUGUAAAAAAGCAGGUUGUAGAAGAGGAUAUGAGAAAACUUAGAUGUGCCUUCUGGAAAACUGAUGACAACAAUAAUAGUAAAUGGUCCACUGAAGGAUGUUCCCUUGUUAGCACAGAAUCUAACAAAACACAUGUAACAUGUAAAUGUACCCAUUUAAGCAGCUUUGCUCUUCUGCUGGCACCUAGUGAUACUUUCCAGAACGACAGCCCACUGACUGUAAUUUCACAUAUCGGCCUUACCUUCUCAAUCAUCUGCUUGGCUCUUACAAUCAUGACAUUUUGGAAGUGUCGUUCAGCUAAAAAUGCAGGUACAGCCCUGCUUCUCAACCUUUGUGCCUGCCUGCUUGUGGCAGAUGUUAUUUUCCUAUUUGGCAUCUCUCAGACCAAGUAUGAGAUCCUCUGUAAAGUUAUCGCAGCUUUUCUACAUUACUUCUUCUCAGCUUCCUUCUUUUGGAUGCACCUGGGUGCGUUGCAGCUCCAUUUUAUGGUACAAAAUCUUAAGGCAGUCAGAGCCUUCAGAUCUCACAUCAUCCCAGGGAGAGUCAUGUAUUCUGUUGGAUAUGGGAUACCAGCUAUAAUAGUUAUGGUUUCUGCCUGUGUUUAUCCCGAUGGAUAUGGAGAAAAGAAUAUAUGCUGGCUGAGUCUGAAAAAGGAAUUUCGAUGGAGUUUCAUAGGGCCAGUAUGUUUUGUCAUUGCGAGCACUUCUCUUUAAGGCUGUUUCUCAGUUCCUUGUUCUGGGUUGCACAUGGAUAUUCGGCAUCUUCCAGUUUCAAAAUGGGACCCUUGCAAUGGCAUACAUUUUCACAAUAUUGAACAGUUUCCAUGGAGUUUUUAUGUUUCUACUCUACUGUCUUUCUAACAAACUGGUAGUGGAUGAGUACAAGACUUGGCUAAGAAAACAGUUCAAAAAGAUCAAAAAAGGACAUGAAUUUGAAAUCAGCACAACUACCGCUGCUAUAGCAUCUACGUGGACAUCACAGUCUGGAGAAGAACAUACAAUGCAAACGUUUGAGAAGAAAUCAAGUACAAUAGAAUGGUCCAGGUAAAACUGAUGUGGAGAAUAUGCACCAAAUCCAGAAUAAGGGAGAGAAACAUCAUGCAACGGAAGAGAAAAAGAGAAACAAUGAACAUAACGAUGAUGAAGAUGAAAGUACUGCUGUCACUGUCCAGUUCAAUUGCAGUAAAAUACAUGAGGUUCUGUAAAUUUCAAAAGCAGCUUUUUCACUUCCUUUAUUCUAGUUAAAGUUAAGAUACAUAUAAACACAUUUUAGGUACCCAAAUAAACUUUAAUAUGAAGUUGCAUCUAGUGCUCUGUUUUCAGAAAAUAAUACAAAAAACAUUAGUUUUUCAGGCUUGAGCAGUACAUUUUAUGUUACCAUUUGUACAUAUAUUGCUAUAUUUUGUUUAUCUAAGACUUAUACAAUUUUCUUGCAUGAUAUUGUUUUCCUUCUUUACUUUCAAGUAGUUUUUAUAUAAAUGCAUGGUAUACGUUGUUAUAAAUUCAUCUUUUCACUGAUUUAAGACUGCAUUUGCAAUGCAGCUGUUAUUCAGAAUUUCUUCAUUCCUGAUCUUUGGUUUACUUAAACCUAUAAAUAUUUUCUUUCUUAUUUGUGAAUGUGCUCAUUCAGCCAUGUAUUCUGAACAAAAAUUCUGAGUUGUAUCUACAUAACAAGAUUCAAUUCCAUAAUACAAGCAGCUUCUGCAAUUUCAGUGAGUGCUAGAGGUCUAAAUACAAUUAAAGACUAAAUAAGCAA